AUGUUAGUAAAUUGCUCCAACUGUCGGACCCCAUUACAGCUGCCACCGGGCGCCCGAUCCAUCCGCUGCGCCAUCUGCCAAGCCGUCACCCAAUUAGCUGACCCGCGUAAUGCGCCGCCUCCCUCCCAUUCUCACGCUACUCCGCCUCCUCCUGAUCCGCCUUCUCCUUACAGCCACGCGCCUCCGGGACCCCCGCCCAACCCCCACGGACGGAAAAAGGCAGUUAUCGUCGGUAUAUCGUAUAGGUACUCUCGCCACGAACUCAAGGGAUGCUUAAAUGACGCCAAGUGCAUGAAACAUCUCUUAAUCAACAAGUUUCAGUUUCCAGAAUCUUCAAUUAUCAUGCUCACUGCAUGUAGUAUUGAAGGACACUGGAACGAGAAGUGGCAGAGGAAGCAAUGA